UCCUUAUUUGCGCCCGGUAUAUACGGCACAGUGUCUAUAUGCCUGCGUUAUCGUGACCAGCCUCAUGCCGUUGUUGGCCUACCAGCUGAGGUCACCGGUGUGUCUGGCCCAAUGUCUCACUCGGCUCGGAUCUGGUGCAUCAAGGUGGUGAUCACAGAUAGCCACACCCGAGAUCUCGUCCAGCUGCCAGUCCCAUGUGCACCCACGGGAGGUAUCAGAGGUGGAGUGAGCAGGUGGACAGCAGCGCGCGGGAGGCAGCCAGCCUGCUGUGUCACCCUACGAACACGAAGCAAUGCCAGAAUGGAUCUGGCGGUGACAGCACUGCAGAACAGCAGCAGCGCAACAUGUCUGAGGCUGGCGACGUAGCCACGCCCAUCCAGCGUCCCACGCGCAAGUCGCAGCGCUCAUCGGGCACGUCAGGCGGCGUCAUGGGCACGACGACAGCGGCAGAUGGCUAUUUCCCAGAUGCCAAGCACAAGUUCAAGAGCUACCGGCUGCGUGGCGAGUACGAGAAGCCAUGGCUCGGUGACCCGGCGCUGAAGAAGACGCGAUGGAACAACUGGAUCGUCGGUGUCUUCAUGUUGCUGGGACUGGGUGGCGCGGGUGCCAUUGCCUUUUUGACCGUGUGGCCUUUCCGGCAGGGCGAGUACUGCCUCAUCUAUGAAGAUGACUUUCAAAAGUUAGACCUCGACAUCUGGUCACACGAGGUGCAGCUCGACGGGUUCGGCACGGGGUCCUUUGACUGGACGACCGUUGACCCGGAGAACACAUACGUCGACGACCAGGGUCUUCACAUUGUGCCGACCCUGACCAACGAGACGACCAAGAUCACGACGGACCAGAUGUACGCCAACUACACGCUGGACCUUCUCAAGGACGGGUCGUGCACGUCUCAGCGCAACAGUUCCUGCCGCAUCCGCUCCGACCCGGACGAGGGCGACAUGAUCCCCCCCGUCCGCUCCGCGCGCCUGUCCACCAAGGGCAAGAAGAGCAUCCGCUACGGACGCGUCGAGGUCGAGGCCAAGCUGCCCAAGGGCGACUGGAUCUGGCCCGCCAUCUGGAUGAUGCCCGAGGACAGCGUCUACGGGCAGUGGCCCCGGAGUGGUGAGAUUGACAUUAUGGAGUCGCGUGGCAACGGCCGUGGCUACGACGAGGGCGGCCGCAACCACUACUACGGCACGCUGCACUGGGGUCCCACCCACAACACAGACGCCUACUGGCGCACGACCAACGCCAAGCAGAUUCGCCGCGGCGACUACUCGGACGACUUUCACACGUUUGGCAUGCAGUGGACCGAGAACUACAUCUACUUCUACAUUGACUCGCGCGUGCACCAGAUCCUCUUCAUCGGCUUCAAGGAGAGCAGGCCGCUCUACGACCUGGGCGGCUUCAGCAAGAUGGCCGAGAACCAGACGCUGCUGGCCAACCCGUGGGCGCAGAGCGAGAGCACGUCCGGAAACGCACCGUUUGACCAGAGCUUCUACCUGAUCAUGAACGUGGCCGUCGGCUCGCGCAACGGCUGGUUCCUUGACAAUGUAGGUGGGAAGCCGUGGAUCGACGACGCGACCAAUGCGCAGUGGUCGUUCUGGAACGCGGCGGACGAGUGGCUGCCGACCUGGGGCGAGGGCGACAAGCGCGGCAUGACGGUCCGCAAGGUGAGGAUGUGGCAGGAGGGUGCGUGUGGCGCGCAGGAACUUUGAUGCAGUGCUCGUUCUACGACUAAUAAUCUCCUAUAUUUUAUCAAUGGUUUGGCGUUCUGGGGCACGGAAUUACAGUUGGGAUCACACAUUGGGCCUUGAAUGGGGAUAGAUACUACAACAACUGCUAAUCAGACAUUGAAUGCACGAAACGUGCACAAAUGAUAAUACCAAGCACUUUGAUUUCAGCUCGCCUGCA